UUCUCUCUACUACUACUCUAUUCAAAAAUCUUCUACAAAAUUUCAUGAACAUCUUCAAGGUGAAAUCCAAAGAAGAGAAGCAUGAGCUAAACAUAAGAAGAAAACAUCAUUUCAGCUCAAUUGAUAGUACCAACAUGAAAGUUGGUUUGAAACUCCUUCCUCAAAUUACAAACUCAAAGAGCAACUCAAAUGUUCUUAUUAAAUCUUCAUUGAAAAAGUCAAACCAAAUUAUUCCUAUGGAUUUUUGCUUCCUUAAAACUUGCAAUCUUUGUAAUAAAAAGCUCAGCCCUCACAAAGAUAUCUACAUGUACAGGGGAGAUCAAGGUUUCUGCAGUAUAGAGUGCCGGAACAGACAAAUAUUUUUGGAUGAGAUGAAGGAAUUAGAGAGCUCUACCAAAAAAAUGGUUCAAUCUUAUAGACAAUGUUGUAAUGAGGCACGUAGAGAGACACACCAUAUACUUGAGGAUCUCCGAAUGCAAAGAUUUAAAUCUAAACUAUAUAAACCAUUUCCAAUUUAAUCAAAAUUAAUCAGCUAGCUAUAUAAGUCCAACUAAGAUAUGUUUUUUAGUUACCAGAUUUUUUGACAUAAUGAUGUCAUUGAUGUGACAUGUAAAUUAUUACUUUCUUUUAGAUGUUUUUCUUUUUAUUUUGAUGUAUGUACUUUAUAAUCUCAUAAACUGAAGAUUAAUUAUUAUUUUAUUUUUUA